AUGAGACUCACCACCUGGUAAAGGAAGCAUUGUUGACAUUCCGCGCCAACACGUCCGCUCAAUUGCUAAUGCUCUGCUUCUAGGAACGUCAACGGCAUACGCAAUCCCUUCUCGUACCCGCCAUGGAACCAGGCGCGCACCUUUUCUGCCAUGUUCGACAUCCUCGAAAGCGACAUCGUGGUGAUGCAAGAGCUGAAGAUUCAACGGAAGGACCUACGCGAUGAUAUGGUGUUGGUGGAUGGAUGGGACUGUUAUUUCAGUCUGCCGAAGCACAAGAAAGGGUAUUCUGGAGUGGGAAUAUAUACACGCAAUGCAGUAUGUGCUCCCGUCCGAGCUGAGGAGGGAUUGCUUGGGGUCCUGCCUUCGGGCUCUGGAGUGGCUUAUCGAGACUUGCCUGACAGCGAGCACAUUGGAGGAUAUCCCACACCCAUCCAGAUUACAGAACUCGGUGUUGAUCCUGCAAUACUGGAUGCGGAGGGGAGGUGUGUCGUGGUAGAGUUUCCAGCUUUCGUCCUCUUCGGCGUGUAUUCUCCUGCCAACAGCAACGGGCUGCGAGAUGACUUUCGAUACGGCUUCAUCUGUGCUCUAGACUGUCGGAUACGAAAUCUAAUCCGAGAGGGUAAGAACGUGGUGCUAGUCGGAGACCUCAACGUCAGUCGGCAUGAAAUAGAUUCGGCAGCCGCACUGGAGGAGAUUCGAAAAUCUCAGGCGACGCGAGAAGAGUAUCUGUUGGGCCCCAACCGCCGCAUCUUCAAUCAGCUGCUCAUUGACGGAGAGGUGAUUGAUCAAAGAGAUGAAGGGCGAGAGACGGGUGUGCUCUGGGAUACCACGCGAGCCUUUCACCCGGAGCGUAAGGGCAUGUACACACACUGGGAGACCAAGAUCAACGCUCGGCCUGGCAACUAUGGUAGCCGAAUCGAUUUUGUGCUGGUCUCAUCGCUCAUGCAAUCUUGGAUCAAGGACGCCAACAUCCAAGAAGGACUGCUCGGAUCCGAUCACUGCCCAGUGUACGCAGACUUCCAUGAUGAGGUCGAAAUGGGGGACCGGCGAGUCAAUUUGCUGGACGCUAUGAAUUCCCCAGGGUACUUCGAGAACGGCGAGCGAAAGAUCGAAUGGAAACUAGCGACCACGCCGGCUUUCUCUGCUAAACGAAUGCCCGAGUUUGACAAGCGCCGCAGCAUUAAAUCAAUGUUCGCUGCACCUACACUGAAGAAGACGCAAACUAACCAACAAACCAGCGCGAAGAACGCGAGCGGAACGAGCGGCGCUCUCGCCACAUCUACUUCUCAAGAUUUCCAUGAUAGCUUUGCUCCACAAGCCGCCAAAGUAUCGAGGACCACAACAUCGCCGGUCAAGCGCAACUUGUCGAGUGCAAAAGAUCAGACUGUGAAACGCCAGAAGGUUGAGCCCAAGUCGACUGCGGGACCCAGAGGCCAACAGAGUCUGAAGGGCUUCUUUCAAGCCAAGAAUCCCCCCGCUGCUAAAGAUCAGUCUGAGGCAGACGCUUCAAACCUGCCCUGCACGCCUCCCGCAGAUAUCUCGGAAGAUGCGAACCCAUCAGGCGAAGCUGGGGAGGCCGCCACUGCACCGCAAACACCAGCUAGCAUACAGCAGACCGAUGAUGAAAAUGCUAGUCCAUCCCCUCGUCAAUUCGCUGCUCAAAUGGCCUCUGCUGAACAGACCCAAAAGUCAUGGGGAGCAUUGUUUGCGAAGCCCGCCGCACCACUUUGUGAGAGCCACGCGGAGCCCUGCAAGACCAUGCAAACGAAGAAGAAAGGAUCGAAUCAAGGGAGGAGCUUUUGGAUGUGCGCGAGACCGCUGGGACCCAGUGGGGAGAAGGAGCGAGGAACGCAAUGGAGGUGUGCGACGUUCAUCUGGUGCUCGGACUGGCAGCCGAAGAAAGAGGGUGGGACUGCAUCUCCGGUCAAAGCGGCAGGCGAGUGA